GUUAUUAUGUGCGCAACUUCGAACAGACUGACAAUGGCCUGUGUCUGUUGCACCUGUGUGCGGAGCACCAGUUGUUUCUUAGUAGCACUGCUUUUUGCCACAGUGGGCGCCGAAGUGCCGCUUGACGUCCUCCUGUAGCUGGCCAGCGAUGGAUCCAAAUUGACCACAUUGCCAUAACUUACAGGUGUCGUGAUUCCAUCCUGGAUUUCUGCUCGUACUGGAAUACCGGCGUCAUAUCUAAUCAUGCCUUAAUAUGCUGUCGUUUCUCCAUGAACCUUACCGGGAGGCACACCAAGCGUCCCCUCCGAUUGGCAAUUGCGAAAUUGUCUCAACCCUUGGUCAGGCAGCGUAUCAAGACGCACUGCUCACCGAACUUUCGCGGUCUUAUUCCAAUGACCUUGAGUUUCAGUGGAACAGAAUCUCUGCUGUCAUUCACUACGCAGGAGCAUCUGCUUGUGGCACUAUCAAUCGUCACCGCACCAGUUAUUGGGUAUCCGAAAGAUCGGUGAACUUGUUGGAAUCCAGAAGAAACCUCCCGACUGGCUAUGAGCACAACGUGACCAGACGGACUAUUAGGCGCGAAAUUAAGAGGAGCCUGCGUGCUGACAAGGAAGCCUGGUGGACCAGUCUGGCUCAACAAAUGGAGGAGGUAGGAGCAGUAAGUAAUUACCGCAAGCUCUUCCGGCUGAUCCGCACCACUAGUCCCAGGAAAUCAGGCGUCAGUGAGCCAAGCAGAGACAGCGCAGGUGCACUGAUACACAAUGAUGGGCGCCGUAUGGUUCCUUGGGCGGAACACUUUUAAGAUCAGUUUAGCUGGCCCAUUGCUCCCGUACCUCUUUUUACUCAGGUGAUGCAGGACGAGCCAUGGACGGCUAGUUUAGUGCGUCCUUCGGAGGCCGAGGUCCGAAAGGCGAACAUAGCCUUGAAUCGUUUUCUUACCGCUAUCCCGGAUUCCCUCCCACCUGCACUAUUUAAGGAUGGAGGUGAGGUCCUCUGUAAAACACUGACCUCCCUGUUCGAACGUAUCUAGAAGAGUGUCCCGGCUAAGUGGAGUGAAUUCAUUAUAGUGGCAAUGUACAAGAAGAGCAGUCGCGCAGACUGUUCUAACCACAAGGGUAUUUUCCCAACGCCAGUUAUGAAACAUUACUUGCCUCGAUUCUCGCUCGUCGUUUCACUGGAAUAGGAACUUCGGAGUAGGGAAGAGCAGGC